AUGACGCUGCCGCCCUCGAGCUCGCGGGCGGGGUCGAUCCGGUCGACGGCAACGAGCACCGCGAGCACGAGCACGCCGGUGCAGCGCUCUGCGACCUCGAGCUCGCUCCGACGACAACCUCAGCACGCCAACACGAUCUCGCACAAGCUGCGGCAUCUCUUCGACUCGUCGCCUACGGCCACCUUCCUGGCGGCUGUGACGGUGCAUGAGCUCACGAAUGUGCCGCAGGUCAGUGGCGACUUUGCUAUCCGGUGGAAGUUCCGCGGCUCGCGACCGCUCGACGCCGACAAGAUGCUCCAGCACCCGACACCGCGAGUAACGGGCCGCGAGGCGCUUCAGGCGCGGGCGAAUGCGCGCGGCACCGGUACACCAACGAGCCAGCCUCCGCUUCCAGCCCGCAUGGCUGCGGACGCUGCGAGUAUCCGCAGCAGCGUGCACUCGUCAACAUCAGGCAGCAACCUGGCGAACCGAACAAUCCGACAUGCCGCCUCUCUGCCUCUCCCUCGCUCGCGUGAACACAAGUUCUCCGACCCGCCGGGUACGCCCGAGAAGCGCCGGAGUGUCCUCGUCGAGGAGCCGCAGGACUUUGGCAAUGCGACGCCAAUGACGCCGGCGACCCCUGACACGGCGACGGAUCCGGAGCGAACAUCGCCUGCGUCGUCCCGCGAGCACAGCAUGUAUUCGGACGGCAGCCAUGGCAGCGGCACGCCGGGCGCGAGCGGAGCCGGCGGCCUCAAGAUUCGCACGACGUCCAUCGCGGACAGUGGUCGCGGCCGCGAGAGCCGGGCCAGCAUGCGCAGCGACGUCAGCACGGAGGCGUCCGCGUCGACGUCGCACGCCAGCCCGACCGCCAGCACUGGCGCCGCGAGCGCCCUCAGUGGGGCGCGUGGCGCCGUCUACUCCCUCACCACGGCCCACUAUGACUCGAAGGACCGCAAGGGCACGAUUCCGCCGGCGCCUGUCCGCGCGCACGCCGUCGCGUGGGAGUAUGCGAUCCAGCACGUCCUCCGCCUGCCGCUCGGCAAGGCUGUGCCGACGGCCGAUGUGUCGCUGUCGCGUCUGCCGGCGUCGCAGAAGACAAAUCCGCGCAAGAUGCUCCCGAUCCUCGGUCACGGCCCAAUGAGCGACAGCAGUCUCCGCCUCGAGGUGCUGCAGGUGCACAACGGCGAGCGUGAGGGUACAGUUCUCGGGCACGUCAAUGUCGACCUCGCGCCGUUCGCGGACCAGGGCCCCACGGCGCGCCGCUAUCUCCUGAUGAACAGCCGGACGAACGCGACGCUGCGCAUCAGUGUCGACAUGCGCUGCAUCGGAGGGGACACGCAGUGGAUCACGCCGCCGUUUGCCGAGGGCCACCUGACGGACCUGACGGACCUGACGGGCCGGGAGGAGGAGUACGCCGAGCUGCAGCUCAUGCCGACGCGCAGCAUCAGCAGCACAGCGAGCGACAGCAGCCGCGCUUCUAAGGCGAGCCGGCCGUCUUUCCGCUCCACGCGCAGCAACAUCUCCCUCAACCAACAGCAGGUUAACCAGGUCACGCAGAUGACCAAGCACCGCUACCACUCGUAUGAGUAUCAUCUGCGGCCCGAGCAUCGCCGGCAUCACCACCACCACCAUCACCACCACCACCACGGCCAUGAUGACGAGCAGGGGCAGGGGCAGGGCACGCAGCGCGCAGCAACGGUGCCAAUCGACAGCCGCGCGACGACGCUCGACGCCUCGACAUCAGACGACGCGCCCCUCUCCCCCGUCCUGAGCAAGAACCAGAUCGUGGCCUCACCACUGCAGACGCCGGCGCUCCCGCCCACGCUCUCCCCCGUCACGUCCAAGAGCGGGGAGUACUUCUCGCUCUCCCCCACAUUGUCGCCCGUGACGCCGCGCUCGCCCUCCUCCCCCUCCUCGCCGCACUCGCCGCACACAUCUCACGCGCGCUACGACAGCACCGUCUCCGCUUUAGACUCGCUCGGGCUCAGCAUGUCGCGCCACUCGCCCGCGGGCUUCAUCCGCGCCACGUCCCCCAUCAUGGAGUACGAGAGCAUGCAGCCCGACCUGGUGAUUGAGAGCUGCUUCAAUCCCGCGCCUGCUGCCGAACUCGGUCCGUUCACAUACACCCAGGACAGCGAGAGCGAGGCGUUCUACCCCGCCCCGUCCUCCUCUCACAGCUCCGGGGAUCAACAGGCGAGCACGUGGGAAGAACAUCACGGCCAGGCGCCCGCAUAUGAUGAGGAUGGGAACCCCAUUGAGCCCACUGCGGUCGAGCAGCCGCCUGACAGCGAUGCGGAUGGCGAGACCAAGGCGCAUGCGAGGUGGAGGAAGAUCAAGGCGAGGAUACACCAUCACCAGUUGGAGUGUGGAGGCAACGGCAGUGAACAGUCGAGUCAGAGGGGAUGA